AUGGACAUAGGCGCCAAGGUAGAUGAGCGCAAACGCUCGCUUGAAGCGGAAAUCGUCCGUAACCGCAGCGUUGAAACCGGCGAUGUCAGCCUGCUUGAACGCAGGGUCGGCAUACUCCGGGCGGAGGCCGCAGCUUUGCAAAGCCAGCUUGAGCAGCAGCAGAUCCGUUUGAAGAUUGCGCAGGAUGCGCGAAACCGGUACCAGGGGCUUGCAGACCAGGACUACAUACCGCGCGAGCAGCUUUACCAGAAAGAGGCCGAGCUCAGCGAGCAGCAGUCAAGAGUGCAGCAGCUACAGCGCGAGGCACUCACCGGGCAGCGUGAACUGGCAACUGCGGUGCGUGAGAUAGAGGCGACGCGCAUGCGCUUUGCCAACCAGAAUUCGCUUCUGCAGCGCAGCAUCUCCUCCGCCCAGCAGGAGUUGACCGAAGUUGAGGGCCGUCGCCGCGUGGUGAUCACCGCACCUGAGGCGGGCAGGGCAACUUUGGUUGCGGGGGAAGUCGGCCAGGCUGUGGAUACCACUCGCCCGCUUGUCAAUGUGCUGCCGCAGGACGGCAAACUUGAAGCACGUCUUUAUGCGCCCAGCCGCACGAUUGGUUUUAUACGCAAGGGCGACAAGGUGCUUGUGCGCUAUCAGUCCUACCCCUUCCAGAAAUUUGGCCAAUACGAGGGGGUUGUUGAGUCGGUGUCGAAUGCCUCUGUACCUGCAACCGAACAAAUUGGUUUUACGCUGCCUGAUACACCCGUGGGUGAGCCGGUCUUUUCCAUCACGGUCAGGCUGAAUCAGCAGAGCGUCAAGGCCUACGGUACCGAGCUGCCCCUUCAGGCUGGCAUGCGGCUGGAUGCCGACAUACUGCAGGAGACGCGGCGCCUCUAUGAGUGGAUGCUUGAGCCGCUGUACAGCAUUUCGGGACGCAUGUAA